UGCUCCAGAGGGUAACUGGGCGUCGGAAGAGCCAAGGACACCCCCACGCUCUGGACUGGGGUUCUCCGUCCAUGGGUGCCGCACCCAUGCUCAGCUUGUGAGCGUCCUCCCCGGAGAGCAGCCAUGGCCUUGAAGAAUGUGCCCUUCCGCUCUGAGGUCCUGGCCUGGGACCCCGACAGCCUCGCCGACUAUUUCAGGAAGCUGAACUACAAGGACUGUGAGAAGGCCGUGAAGAAGCAUCACAUCGAUGGGCCACGGUUUUUGAACCUGACAGAAAAUGACAUUCAGAAGUUCCCUAAGCUCUGGGUGCCGAUUCUCAGUAAGUUAAGUCAAGAAAUCAACAAGAAUGAAGAGAGGAGGAGCAUCUUUGCACCACGCAAACCCCAAGUCCAUCGGUUUCCUGAGGAAAUAGAAAGCCACGAGGAGGAGAACGGGGGCUGGUCGUCCUUUGAUGAUGAAGAUGACUACGAGAGUCCCAAUGACGACCAGGUUGUGGAGGAUGAUGGUGACUACGAGUCCCCCAACGAGGAGGACCAGGCGCCCGCGGAAGACGACGCCGACUACGAGCCGCCGCCCUCCAACGACGAGGAAGCCCUGCAAAACUCCAUCCUGCCUGCCAAGCCCUUCUCCAACUCCAACUCCAUGUACAUCGACCGGCCCCUCUCCGGGAAGUCCCCACAGCAGCCGCCCGUGCCGCCGCAGAGACCGAUGGCUGUCCUGCCUCCCCCUCCAGCCGGCCGGAGCCACCCGCCACUCCCCACACCCCAGCCCAACCACGAAGAGCCUAGCAGAAGUAGAACCCCCAAAACAGCAAAGAUCCCGGCUCCUUCGAUAGACAGAAGCACCAAGCCUACCCUCGAUCGUUCGUUAGCUCCAUUUGACAGAGAGCCCCUCACACUAGGAAAGAAACCAGUGUUUUCUGACAAGGUGAUGUUUUCCUGUUUGGUUGUGUUUGUUUUCGUUUUUAUCGUGUCUUGUAUCUUGUCUUUAUUCUUUGAAAAGUGAUGAGGCCACUCACGCGUCUCCCCUCCUGUCUUGCAGCCUUCCACCCCAGCAGGAAGGCCUCUCGGGGACCAUUUACCCAAGAUCCCAAAGCCUCCUUUACCACCGACCACGGAAAGACACGACAGGAGUAGCCCCCUGCCCGGGAAGAAGCCACCGGUGCCCAAGCAUGCCUGGGUACCAGACAGAAGAGAGAAUGAUGAAGAUGAUGUGCAUCAAAGACCUUUGCCCCAGCCAACACUGCUCCCCAUGAGCUCCAACACUUUCCCUUCAAGAUCCAACAAGCCAUCGCCCAAGCCCUCCUUCCCAUCAGCACACGCGUUCGGAGCAUUCUCAGAGAGCAGCAGCAGCUUCCCGCAGAGCGCCUCCCUGCCGCCGUACUUCUCUCAAGGUCCUGGCAACAGACCGCCGCUCAGGUCAGAAGGCAGGAACUUUCCCUUGCCAGUUCCAACCAAACCCCGGCCACCGUCCCCUGGGGAAGAAGAGAAUUCAUUAAGUGAAGAGUGGUACGUUUCUUAUAUUACCCGACCGGAGGCAGAAGCUGCUCUUAGAAGGAUAAACCAGGAUGGCACUUUUCUGGUUAGAGACAGCUCGAAGAAAACAGCAAGCAAUCCGUACGUCCUCAUGGUGUUAUACAAAGAUAAGGUCUACAACGUCCAGAUCCGUUACAUGGAGGAAAGCCACGUUUACAUGCUGGGAACUGGGCUCCGAGGAAAGGAGGACUUUUUGUCUGUGUCGGAUAUUAUCGACUACUUCCGGAAAAUGCCGCUCCUGCUCAUCGAUGGGAAAAACCGCGGUUCCAGAUACCAGUGCACGUUAACCCAUUCGGCGGGUUGCCAGUAGCACAUGAGCCGAGCAGGCGAACCUUCCCUGACUGUUGCCAGUGCGGACGAUCAGCCAACCCUGGUGGCUGGACAGACACUUAGGACUGAAUCAAACCCCUCAGCAUGAACACGAGGGUUUGGUCCUUUCGCUUAACGAAGUGUUUGAAAUGAAGACUGUCACGUGUCCCAUAAUUUAUUUAUUAUUCUUCAGUGUUUGUGAAGUGCAUGAGUGAUAAUGUGCACACUUGCACUAUAGACGUGCACUGUAAUGAUUUGUACAAAUAAUGUGCAUUUUUGAUACCUGUUUCAAAGUACAGUAGUUUCCACAGCUACAAAAAUAACUUGGGGCAAGUUUCAAAACUUUUAAACAAUAAUUGCUUUUGUUAUCACAUAAAACUGAUUUUUUGAUAGCCAAACCUUGUCAGUCAGUGGCAACCAUGAGUUUUUAUAUGUAUACUAGUAAUUUGAAAAUUACUAAAAUUAACUUUCUUAGCAGCAAUAAUUUAAAAGGCUUCAAAAAUAUUUCAUCCUUUCUUAUUUGGUGUUUCUUUUUGUUGGGGGGAUUUUGUAUACUUUUUUAUGAAAAGAUAAAUGCAUGUUGGAAUAACUUCCUGGGAUUAAAAAUUAAUUUGCCUUUUGCUUUA